GAGAAAGGCUGUGCUUCUCUGGUCUCAGCUCUGAAGUUAAACCCCUCACACCUGAGAGAGCUGGAUCUGAGUAACAAUGACCUGAAGGAUUCAGGAGUGAAGCUGCUCUCUGAUGCACUGGGGAAUCCCCACUGUCAACUGGAGACUCUGAGGCUGUCCCGAUGUCAAGUCACAGAGGAAGGCUGUGCUUCUCUGGUCUCAGCUCUGAAGUCAAACCCCUCACACCUGAGAGAGCUGGACCUGAGCUACAAUCACCCAGGAGACUCAGGAGUCAGACUGCUCUCUGCUGGACUGGAGGAUCUACACUGCAGACUGGAGAAACUCAGUGUGGAACAUGGUGGAGAGUACACAAUGAAGCCUGGGCUUAGAAAAUAUGGCUGUGAUCUCACACUGGACCCAAACACAGCACACAGACAACUCUCUCUGUCUGAGGAGAACAGAAAGGUGACACGGAGGAGACAGAAGCAGCCGUAUCCUGAUCACCCAGAGAGAUUUGAGGACCGUGGACAGGUGCUGUGUAGAGAGGGUCUGACUGGAUGCUGUUACUGGGAGGUAGAGUGGAGUGGGAGUGGGCCUGUUAUAGGAGUGACAUAUAAAGGAAUCAGCAGGAGAGGAAGGGGUUAUGACCAUGGGCUUGGAUGGAAUGACAAGUCCUGGAGUCUGUUCUGCUAUGACAACAGUUACUAUGCCUGGCACAAUAAUGCUCACAUUACCUUAGACGUCCCCUCCUCCAGCUCCCACAGAGUAGGAGUGUAUCUGGACUGGCCAGCCGGCACUCUGUCCUUCUACAGAGUCUCCUCUGACACACUGACCCACCUGUACACAUUCCACACCACAUUCACUGAGCCCCUCUAUCCAGGGUUUAGGCUUUAUGACACCUCUUCAGUGUCCCUGUGUCAGGUGGUCCCUGUGUCAAACACAACAUGAUGUUUCACUCUAAUCAGGGUCAUGUUCAGUAAGACACACUGGAGCAACAAUGUAGAAUAUCUCUCUAGUGUGUAAA